AUGUUGCCCGACAAACAAUAUCUCCUAGCACGCGAUAUUGUAUUGGCACAACAUCAAAUUCAACGAAUUCAAUCCCACAACAGCGAUUUUUAUCAGCUGCCACAAAUCUUUGAAAUAGCUGACAAAUCUUUAAAAUCACCAAACAAUCAAAAUGUAUCACUCAAAAGUCUUUUGACAAAUGACCAAGCACAUAAGAGGGAAGACUCAACAUCACAGCCACAGUCGGACAUUGAAGAGAGGGAUGACAGUGACGAAACCGAUGGUGACAACAAUUAUUGUAGUGAUACUAUUUUUGUAAAAAAGAUGAACAACGAAAGGACCACCGUAACAUUAAAGGAACAUGACAACUAUAGUAAACUGGAGGCAUUGGCAACAGAGUUUUCCAACAUAGCACAAUCAAAUGAUUGCCAGACUAAAGGCCAAGAGGCUAAUGAGGAGCGUUGUGGUUUUGCUGGCAAUGCCAAUAAUCACUCGAACUUCUUUGACAAACGACGACAACAAGUUAUGGCUGACAACAAUACUGAUGUGGCUUCACAACAUCACACCAGCAAUGAUGACAAACAAAAUCUUGACACAACAGGAACACAAAUGAUGGCUGAUACCAACAGCAAGCCUCGCCAUGAAGAGUAUCGCAAAGUUUUCAAUGAAACCAUUGACAGUGAUGAUGCUGUCGAGUGUAGCGGCAACAAUCACACAACAGCAAAUACAGCUGUUGAAAAGCGAAACGAUGCUGCUGACAACUGUAAAGUUUACAAUGUUAAACACAAUGAAUGUCAUAAAACUUUUGCGUCUUGCUCGUCUCUGGAAUCUGCGGCAGAAGCAUCGUUGCAUGUAACGCCAACAAAUCAGACAACACAGAACAUGUCACAUCACAUCAAGCCAGAAGAAUAUGUUGCGAUUCCAUCUUUGAUGACUGCUGCCACUUUUUCUUCAUCGCCAUUCGAACACUCGGAGAAUCAUAAAUUUCAAAGCCAUGAAGCAAUGAAUCAGCCGACAUUUUCAUCUGUAUCGUCGGUGACGCCGUCAUACGAUUUCAUGCAACAAAGUUACCAACACCAUCAGCUCUAUCAGUAUCACCAUCCCCACCAGGACGAACCGUUUCGAAGCCACCAUCAGACCCAAAAACAAUAUUUCCAGCAUCAUCCGCUUUCACAUCAACAACAACAGCAGCAGCAGCAGCGGUAUAUGGACACAGACGCCUUCCGUCCCCCUUCACAUGUUGCCAGCAGAGAGAAUUAUGGUGUAUGUUCAACUAGUGUCGGUGCGGGAGAAUCGUCAACAACAACUUCAUUGACCAUAUGGUAA